GAGAAGCGAUAUAUCAAACUCAGAGCAAGUUUCUGUCACCACACUUGUUUACGUCGACAAAAUUUACUCAUUAAUAUAAAGAAAUUAUAUUGUAAAAUUAAAUAAACUUACGAAAAAAGUGUUAAUUUUUUAAAAUAGUAUGUCAAGACAGCAGGCUGUCAAAGAAGUUAAUUAAGAAAAAUAAAAGAAUUUCAAUUGAAAACAAUUCAAGAAGAGCAGAAGACACGUCACAGGAUCAUGGACGGCCAGUUAUUGGAACCAACUCUUUACACCGUGAAAGGUAUUGCCAUUCUCGAUAACGAUGGCAACAGAAUACUCGCAAAAUAUUACGAUGCGAGUAAAUUUACAUCCUCCAAGGAUCAAAAGGCCUUUGAAAAAUCAUUAUUCAAUAAAACACACAGAGCAAAUUCUGAAAUUAUUAUUCACGAAGGUCUAAUAUGUGUGUAUAAAAGUAAUGUUGACUUGUUUUUCUACGUAAUGGGAAGUGCCAACGAAAAUGAGCUAAUUUUGAUGAGUGUCUUAAAUUGUUUAUAUGAUACGGUGAAUCAUCUUUUGAGGAAAAAUGUAGAAAAACGUAUUGUUAUGGAAAAUUUAGAUACAAUAAUGUUGGCUGUUGACGAAAUUUGUGAUGGAGGAAUUAUUUUGGAUGCGGAUCCCACAAACAUUGUACAAAGAGUGGCUUUAAGGACAGACGAUAUUCCAUUAGGCGAACAAACUGUCGCACAGGUCCUGCAAUCUGCAAAAGAACAACUUAAAUGGUCUUUGUUAAAAUGAACUUAAAGAACUGAUACUUUAGUUUUUACUUGUAAAAAUUUUAAUGUCAAUGGAAAAUUCAAUUUUUCUAUCAUUCAUUAAAAUCAUUCCAAUACUUAAAAACUUGUAUUCUCUAUUUUUAAAAUUUUAUUCUGUCAUGUUAAAUAGUUUGCAAUUGAAAUCAAUCUAAAAUUUAAUCUCCAAUUUUAUACUUAUUAAAAAUUAUUAUACAUUUAUAAUUUAUUAUUAUUACCUUUGCAAUAUUGAAUAAACAUAUUAAGCAGACAA